AUGUCCCUAAGUGGUGGCACUGCAGGCGGGAAAGGUGUGGACUCGAAUGCGGUGGACACUUACGACAGCGGGGAUGAGUGGGAUAUCGGCGUUGGAAAUCUGAUCAUCGACCUAGACGCUGACUUAGAAAAGGACAAACUCGAGAUGUCUGGCACCAAGGAGGGCAUGGCGGCGCCGCCCAGCGCCGUGGCGACGCUGCCCGACAACAUUCGGUUCGUGAGUCCGGUCUCCGGCUCCCAGGGCAAGGAGAGCAAAUCCAAAUACAAGCGCAGCAAGAACUCUAAAGACAAUGGCGGCAAGGCUUCGGCCAGCGACGCGGGGAAAAAGGAAACCCCGGGACGGACUCAGGGGGAGCCGGCGGGCGCCGCCGCCGCCGCCAGCGCGGUUGCCGCUAGCAACAACUCCGCCUCCGGGAAGAACCUGGAGAAGGGGGGCAAGGCCUCCAGGGGGGUCCUGGGCGGGAAGAAGGAGAAGGAAGGGGCGAGCGGGAAAAAUAAGAAAGACAAAGCGGAUGGCGCCCCGGUGGUGGCGAUCGGCGUCACGGAGAAGGACGUGUCUCAGGCCCAGGCCGCUUUGGGGAAUAACCGCAGCGCGUCCUUCGAGAGCCCGCAGCCGACAGACUUGGCGGACGCCAAUCCGAUGGGGAAUAUUGCACUUGAAUCUGUUGGGAUAGUACCGGCGUUGACCACAAAAGCUGAACCGGAGGAGGUGGAAAACGGGAACAGCGAAUGCAAGACGCUAAAGAAGGUGAAGAAUGAGAAGGUUCUCGGUUUCGUGGAGAAGUGGUCCCUCCUCACCGCGGAGCCGUCCUCCCUCUGA